GCCACCGGCCAUUCGGUCUGUGACUGGGAACGCCGCUGGACGGUACGGCGGGGAAACGAGGCGCGCCGCCAUGAACGGAGACGUGGGCAACAACAGGAUCAUCGCCUCGGGCGAGAAGAAGGUGGCGAUCGUUGGCGGUGGACUGGUGGGAGCGCUGAAUGCCUGCUAUCUGGCACGGCACGGCGUGGAGGUACACCUGUAUGAGUACAGAGAUGACAUCCGCCAGAUGGAGCACGUGGCGGGGCGCAGCAUCAACCUGGCGCUGAGCUUCCGCGGCCGCAGCGCGCUCGCCCGGGUCGGUCUGGAGCAGAAGGUCAUCGAGCAGCACGGCAUCCCGAUGUACGGACGGAUGAUCCAUAACCCGGACGGCAGCCGACGCUCCAUCCCCUACGGCAAGGCGGACCAGUGCAUCUACUCGGUGGGUCGACGCUACCUGAAUGAGACCAUGCUGACAGAGGCCGAGAAUCAUCCAAACGUUCACCUGCAUUUCCAUCACAAGCUCAUCCAUUCAGACCUGAAGAAGGGCAAGAUGGUCUUCGAAAACAACGGCGAGGAGGUGCAGGCGGAGGCUGACCUGGUGCUCGGCUGCGACGGCGCUUACUCGGCCGUCCGGCGCCAGAUGAUGAAGAUGCCCCGCUUCAACUACAGUCAGACCUACAUCCCGCACGGCUACAUGGAGCUCUGUAUCCCGCCCACACAGCACGGCCAGUUCGCCAUGGAGCCCAACUACCUGCACAUCUGGCCCCGAGGUCAGUUCAUGAUGAUCGCGCUGCCAAAUCAGGAUAAGUCGUGGACGGUCACGCUCUUCAUGCCCUUCGACGUGUUCGACUCGCUCACCAACCCGGACUGUCUGCUCGACUUCUUCCGCGUCCACUACCGCGACGCCAUCCCGCUGAUCGGCGAGGAGAAACUGAUCAAGGACUUCUUCUCCAACCGCGCCUCGUCACUCGUCUCCAUCAAGUGCUCGCCGUACCACUCCAGCAAGGGGCUGAUCAUGGGCGACGCGGCCCAUGCCAUGGUGCCGUUCUACGGACAGGGAAUGAACGCGGGCUUCGAGGACUGUCUGCUGCUGGACGAGCUCAUGACGAAACACCACAUGGACCUGGACCGCGUGCUGCCAGAGUACACCGAGCUCAGGAACCCGGACGCAGAGGCCAUCUGCGACCUGGCUAUGUACAACUAUGUGGAGAUGCGUGACCUCGUCAACUCGCGGACGUUUCUGCUGAGGAAGAUGCUGGACAACCUGCUGCACGCCUUCUUCCCCAACAGCUGGAUGCCGCUUUACGGCAUGGUGUCCUUCAGUCGCGUGCGCUACCACAGGGCCAUCGAGCACAAGAGGCGCCAGGACAAGAUCGUUCGGAGCACCGUGAUGGCGCUGGUGGCGGCGCUGGCCGGCGGCGCGGCGUACCUGCUCCAGCGCGGCGAUCUGUGGCGCACUGCUGCCGACACCGUGCACGCGCAGGCGCGGCAGGCGCUGGCCGGGCUCGGCCUGUGAGCGGCGCAUGCGCAGACUCCGAACGCUAGAAGACGGGCGGAGCACGAACAACGCGUCCAGGGGAGGGACGACGUUUCCGGUGGGGAAACUGGCGGACAGGACUCUCAUGAAAAGAUGUGGGGCUGCUGGCAGGUGACCUCACGCAUCUGAUGCCCGCCGACGGGUGUGCGGUGGCGGCGGAACAUGAGGUAUUUGCCGGGCCUGUCCGUGACGUAUCCCCGAAACAGCAACUCCGGUGCCGCGGGGCGGAGCCGCCUGUGACCUUGUGUGAGAUGACCGGUGAUCCGUUCAUGCAUUCUGUCCCAGUUUUUUCGCCCUCAAUAGUAUGACGCCUUUAUGAAAGGCCAUUCAUCGAAUACCCCACUCGAAGCACGCAGACGCCCGCUGCACCGUCGGGAUCUCGGCGCCGUCCGGACAGCUGGCUCGGGCCUGCUCGCACGGAUUGACCUCGCGUGCGAGCAGCUGCAGUAGACACCCCACUACGGAGCACUUGUUCAGCCAUGUGUUCAGCCAGGGCGUGACUUUGUACCGCACCAGCAAGGACGUACAGACGGGCCUGCGAUCCUGGCCCCACACCACCGCGCGUGCGGACUUUGCGUUGUGGGGAGACGAUCGGCCCUAAGUGGAAAAGGGGCGGCAUAUCUGCGCUAGGACGACGCAGGACCGGCCUAGUGCCCACAUCCCUCCACGGCUGUCCGCACCGCCCGCUGACGCGCUCUGAAGCCCUCGACUCCGUGCAACGCCGUCCGAGAAACAGUUUCAGCCGCCCGGGACGCGGGUCACCGGUCUCUCUCCCGCAAACGUCGCCGCUGACGCGUGUGCCGCCGGCCGUCACCGCGUCCGCCUGUCCCACGACUCGCUGGGGCUGUUCCUCCCCGAAGGACGAUUCGGCGCGCCCUCCCGAGCGAGGUCAUCGCGUGUUUACCCACAGUAUCAGCUGCAGGUUGCUGCUGCGGUCUCCUGUUAGAAUAUGUGCGACCCUGAAUACAGUCAUAGUGCUAACA